AUGGACUCCAGCGCGGGGGAAUAUGGCAUGGCUCGUUUUGGAUUGUUUUUGGUUUUGAUGGGGCUGCUGUGGAGAUCCGGCGAUGCCUGCCCCGCAUCCUGCACUUGCAGCAUCUCAAGGAUUGUUUGUAUUGAUUCCGUACCGGGGAUCGAGGAUUUCCCUGUCCUCACGUUAGAUGACAUGGAAAACAUCACCGAGAUCUACAUUGCCAAUCAAAACAGGCUGUUCGACAUCAGCGACAGCAGUCUGAGGCACUACAUCAACCUCAGAAACCUGACGGUGACCAAGACAAGACUGACGUCGAUAUCAUCGGACGCUUUUUUUAACAACACAAGACUCCAAUAUGUUAAUCUCAGAGACAACAACCUGUCAACGCUGUCAUGGAGAACAUUUCAGAACUUUAACAUUACAUAUCCACUCCUCUUGUCUGGAAACCCUUUGGAUUGCGUUUGCGAGAACUUGUGGAUCAAACUGAGGCUCCAAGAAGAACCAGAAACCCCAGAGCUGACAUGCAUAGACGAGAGAGGAGUGGCGAGGGACUUUGUGACGCUCACCCCGCCAGACUGUGUGGUUCCCACAGUGGAGGUCACCCCCAGAACCUUGACCCAGAUGCAGGGGACUAAUGCCAAAGCUGUGUGUCGCGCCUCGGGCUCCCCUCCUCCUGAGAUCCUGUGGAACCUGGAUAUACUGUCGACCCACUACGAGAUGGAACCUCUGGACACCGAGAACCGCCUCACCUUGUCAGGCCUGUCUCCUUACGAUAACGGCAGGGUGAUCGUAUGCAGCGCCGAGAACAUGGUCGGUCAGACCGAGGCCACCCUUCAGCUCAAUAUUCUCUUUGCCCCCACCAUCCAGCAGCUGCUGGGUCCAGAGCGCGACCACCACUGGUGCAUCCCCUUCACCGUGAUGGGGAACCCCAAGCCCGAGCUGCAGUGGUACCACAAGGACACUCCCCUCCAGGAGCAGGACUACAUCCGCACCAUGAUCCACGUGUCCACCGAGAACGAGGACCACGGCUGCCUGCAGCUGGUCAACCCCACGCACAUCCACAACGGCGAGUACAAGCUGGUGGCAAAGAAUAAGUACGGCCGGGAUGAGAAGAAGGUCUCUGCCCAGUUCAUCGACCCGCCCAAGAUCAACCACACAGGUGUGUCUUUGUACAUCCACUAUGAAGUGUAUUUUUUUCCAGACACGCCGCUCCCGCCGCUGGACGACAGUGUUGCAGUAUACGUGGUUGUGGGAAUCGCUGGAGUCGCCUUGACCGGCUGCGUUCUGAUGGUGAUCAUUCUGAAAUAUGGAAGAAACUCCAAGUUUGGUAUUAAAGGCUCCUCCUCUGUCAUCAGUAAUGACGAUGACUCUGCCAGCCCUCUUCAUCACGUCUCCAAUGGCAACAACACCCCGUCGUCCUCGGAGAUGGGUCCAGACGCAGUGAUCAUUGGGAUGACAAAGAUUCCCGUCAUUGAGAACCCACAGUACUUCCGCAACUCCGGCAGCAUGCUGAAAUCUGACACAUUCGUCCAGCACAUCAAGAGACACAACAUCGUCCUGAAGCGGGAGUUGGGAGAGGGAGCCUUCGGAAAGGUCUUUCUUGCUGAGUGCUACAACCUGACACCGGACCAGGAGAAGCUCCAUGUGGCGGUCAAGACCCUGAAGGAGGCCAGUGAGAGCGGCCGAGCAGACUUCUACAGAGAGGCCGAGCUCCUCACCAACCUGCAGCAUGAACACAUCGUCACCUUCUACGGAGUGUGUGUGGAGAGCGACCCGCUCAUCAUGGUGUUUGAGUACAUGAAGCACGGCGACCUGAACAAGUUCCUCAGGUCCCACGGUCCUGAUGCAGUGCUCAUGGCAGACGGUCAACACAGCAUCCUGGUGGAGCUCACCCAGUCCCAGAUGCUGCACAUUGCCCAACAGAUUGCUGCUGGCAUGGUCUACCUGGCCUCCCAGCACUUUGUCCACAGAGACCUGGCAACAAGGAACUGCCUGGUAGGAGAAAACCUGCUGGUCAAGAUAGGAGACUUUGGCAUGUCCAGAGAUGUUUACAGCACAGACUACUACAGAGUGGGCGGCCAUACGAUGCUGCCGAUUCGCUGGAUGCCCCCAGAGAGCAUCAUGUACCGGCGGUUCACCACAGAGAGUGACGUGUGGAGCCUCGGCGUGGUGCUGUGGGAGAUCUUCACCUACGGCAAGCAGCCGUGGUACCAGCUCUCCAACAAUGAGGUGAUCGAGUGCAUCACGCAGGGCCGAGUGCUGCAGCGGCCUCGUACCUGCCCGAAAGAGGUGUACGACCUGAUGCUGGGCUGCUGGCAGAGGGAGCCCUACAUGAGGCUGAACAUCAAGGAGAUCCACAGCAUGCUCCAGAGCCUGGCCAAGGCCUCACCUGUGUACCUGGACAUACUGGGCUGA